AUAAACCACAGCGAAGAAGAAGAACCGGCAAAAUCUACGUAUCAACACAUCCGCCAGGUGGACAGCUGACUGCAAGUCUGUUAUUAAGUCAUUUGAGACAUUUACAGCUAAAUAUGAUUAAAGCUAUUUUAAUAUUUAACAACCAUGGGAAACCACGACUCAUCAGAUUUUAUGAAUAUUUUGCUGAAGAUGUGCAGCAGCAGAUCAUUCGAGAGACUUUCCAUCUGGUGUCGAAGAGGGACGACAACGUCUGCAACUUCUUGGAGGGGGGAAGUUUGAUCGGUGGCUCGGACUACAAGUUGAUCUACCGGCACUACGCAACACUGUACUUUGUGUUCUGUGUGGACUCCUCUGAGAGUGAGCUCGGUAUUCUGGAUCUAAUACAGGUGUUCGUGGAAACUCUGGACAAAUGCUUUGAGAACGUCUGUGAACUGGACCUCAUUUUCCACAUGGAUAAGGUCCACUUCAUCCUUCAGGAGGUGGUGAUGGGGGGGAUGGUGCUGGAGACCAACAUGAAUGAGAUCGUGGGCCAGGUAGAGCUGCAGAACCGCAUGGAGAAAUCAGAGGGGGGCUUCUCUGCAGCGCCGGCGCGGGCUGUCUCCGCCGUCAAGAACAUCAACCUCCCAGAAAUGCCUCGCAACAUCAACAUCGGAGACAUCAAUAUCAAAGUGCCCAGCCUCUCUCCCUUCUGACCAGGGAGCGGAGCAGGUGCUAGGCCCAAACGGCACCCUAUUCCCCAUAUAGUACACUACUUUAGACUAGAGCCCUAUGGCACCCUAUAUAGUGCACUACUUUAGACCAGAGCCCUAUGGCACCCUAUAUAGUGCACUACUUUAGACCAGAGCCCUAUGUCACCCUAUUCCCUAUAUAGUGCACUACUUUUAACCAGAGCCCUAUGGGGGCUUCUGCCCUUCUGGUCUAAAGUAGUGCACUACACUAUAUAUCAGUGCACUAUAAGAUGUGAGACACACUAUAUGACCUAUAUAGUAUGUCUUCCUAUGGGCCCUGGUCAAAAAUAGUGCACUAUAUAGGGAAUAGGGUGUAUAGGUAGUGCACUAUAUAUGGAAUAGGGUCUAUAGGUAGUGCACUAUAUAGGGAAUAGGGUGUAUAGGUAGU